ACACCACGCCACACCUGGCCACGGCGAGGUGGUGCGAUCAUGCGAGCGACGGCGGGCGCUUGAGCUGUUCGCCACCAACCCUCCUCCAUUCUCCCUAAGACUUCCACAUCUCCUCCGAUUCGCGCAGCGCGCAACACAAUUACCGAAACCCGCUUCCCUCUCCAACCCCUCCCUCGUCGUCGCCUCAUCGGAGAGCGACGGCUCCAUCUCCCUCCGCCCGUCCGCCCUUCCGCCGGAGGAUCUGACCAAGAGCCAAGGCCUCCCCGGGGAGAAGGGCACGAAUUCCCCCAAGGCGGCGGCAGGGAGGUGACCAGCCGUCGAGGAGGAGAUGUCGGACGGCGCGGCCUCCCGGAUGGGCGUCGCCGGCGCGCUGGGCCUCUCGGUGACCUCGUCGGUGGCCAUCGUCAUCUGCAACAAGUACCUCAUCAGCACCCUCGGUUUCUUCUUCGCGACGACGCUGACGAGCUGGCACCUGAUGGUGACCUUCAUCACCCUGUACGUCGCGCAGCGGCUGCGCUUCUUCGAGCCGAAGUCGAUCGACGCACGGACUGUCAUCUCCUUUGGAUUGCUCAAUGGCAUCUCCAUUGGGCUCCUCAACCUUUGCCUCGGCUUCAACUCUGUUGGCUUCUACCAGAUGACCAAGCUGGCCAUUAUACCCUUCACCAUUGUCUUGGAAACCAUCUUUCUAAACAAAAAGUUCAGCCAAAGCAUCAAGGCCUCCCUCAUGGUCCUGCUCCUGGGAGUAGGUAUCGCGUCGGUCACCGAUCUCCAGUUGAAUCUCCUCGGCUCGGUCAUCGCCGUGCUCACCAUCGCCGCGACAUGCGUUGGCCAGAUCCUGACCAACCAAAUCCAGAGGAGGCUUAAGGUGUCAUCCACGCAGCUGCUGUACCAGUCCUCGCCGUACCAGUCCGCCGUGCUGCUCGUCACCGGCCCGUUCGUUGACAAGCUCCUGACCAAGCGCGACGUCUUCGCCUUCAGCUACACCUUCCCAGUCGUGGCGUUCAUCGUGCUGUCGUGCUCGAUCGCGGUGUGCGUGAACUUCAGCACGUUCCUGGUUAUCGGCACGACGUCGCCGGUGACGUACCAGGUGCUGGGCCACCUCAAGACGUGCCUGGUCCUCUCCUUCGGCUACAUGCUCCUAAAGGACCCCUUCACCGUCCGCAACGUCGUCGGCAUCCUCAUCGCCAUCUUCGGCAUGGGUCUCUACUCCUACUACUCCGUCGCUGAGAGCCGGAAGAAGACCGAGGCCGCCGGCUCGCUUCCGGUCGCCGCGCAGAUGAGCGAGAAGGACUCGGCGCCGCUGCUCGGCGCCAAGGGCUCGGCGUGGCAGGAGAGCCAGGAUGCGGAGAGCUUCGACGACGUGCCGAGGACGGCGAAGAGCGCGUUGACCGGCCGGUGAACGCGUACCUAUUAGAGCGGUAGACGAGCAACACGGCAGAAGGGAAAUGUGCUCAAAGAUGUAUCGCCGGGCAAGUACCAAGUGCCAUCCCAAUUCUUUCUCCAUGUGAUUUCUCCUACGUACAGUGAUGAGUUGCUGUAGCCUAGAUGACAAAAUGUAUUCUUUCCAUGAGCUUGCAACGGUGAUUUGUAGUACCAGAUGCGCAAAA